CCUGUAUUAUUCAGUAACUAUCGUGGAAGCACAUACCGGUGCACCCUUUGAUGUGUGCCAUUAAACGAGUAGUAAGUAAUCUGAAAGCCGCGCUGGAGUACAUGGUGAGUCCAUUUUUUUUUUUUUUUAUAAAUUAGUUAUGUAAUUUAUUUUUAAACUCUGGUUGUUUUGGGGGGGUGCACACAAACCAGUAAUGCCACAACAGCAAAUCCAGGCAUUGUAGUUUAGACAGCAGUAUGGCACAGAGUAAGACUGCACAGUUUGUAUAGAAUAGUCAGGCUAAUGCAUAAUAUGUCAGUAUAUAGGUGAGUCAUGACAUAAAUACUGACAGCUGCUGUACAGGAUAGAAUAGAAUGAGUUCGAGAGUAGUAAUGCAGUGUUAGGAUUGAAGUGCAAGAGAUAAAAGCAGAAGUGUGUGGUUUACACCAAGCAAAACGUGCACUGCCUUGAAAUGGAUUAAUGCAUUAUAUUACUACAGGCUUAACAUAGCAUGAGGAUAAUGCCACUGGGUACAAAUCACAUAAAAACUAAAAACAAACAGAAUCUUCGCAUAUCAGGUGUGAACAAUUGUAGCUGGAAACAGGGUAGAGUCUGCCUAGAUUGGUCAGCCGAUGCCACUCGUAGGCCAGGUUAGGUAGGAAAGGUCAAUGCUGGGUGUAAUUCCUUCUACCCUCUUCUUCACCCGUUAUUGCGUGAGUGUGCUGGUCUGAAGUGGAGACAGUUCCAGGUGCCAUGUCUGCUUUCCACCUCCAGCCUCAGCUUCAAUGGGAGCCCUUGCCUGGUGUCCAGGAGACCUCUCUGUCCUGGCAGGAGGUUUGUGAGUUUGCAGUGGUUGCGAGCCUCGAGGUGCCCUGCGUGAGUGUGGGCAGCAGAGGGGAAGAGGCCCAACGUGGGUUUCUGUCCCAGAUUGGACAAGAAGGACUGGGACGGCCUCCGGGGCCAGCGGUGUGACAGGCAAGGUAGAGAGAUGUGGUUGGCAGUUAAUGCAAUGCCAUGAUUCCCAGCAUAGCUGCUUGAAACGAGUGUCAAAGCACUCUCUCCAUUCCUGGCCUGCUGAGCCAGUUUGGGUUGGUAGGCAUUUCUCUGUGGUGGCUAUCUUGGACUCGCCUCGUGGUUGGAGGCUUGGCUGUGAACCAGUGCUGCAGAUUUAAGUUUCCCCAGUGGGGACCAGAAUAACCCCCACCAGUCACAAAGGGAAGGGGGGGUGGAGAACGGGGCGACAAUGAAGUCGCUGGGAGUCACUUGACUGCUGUCAGUUGCUUCCCCAGACAAGUUGGUAGGCCGCAGGACCAGACGGUCGAAUUGAGUGCCAGUUUGAGGGUUUUCUGGGCUAAUAUCGACAUAUUUGCUGGUUGUUUUGUGCCGUUUCCAGUGUUGGUGUGAGAGGUAUAUCCCAUUUAGUAGUUUUUUUGGUGCAGGAGCUACUCAGACACUGUGACGGUCCAACCCUCUCUGACCGUCUUGGGUUCCCUUUCUCCCAGUAGUUGGCGAAUAAUCCUUCCAGGCAGAGUGUAGACACAGGCAUAGCACAACCCUCCACACAUGAGCUGAGGUUUAAUGGCACACAAAGCAACAGGAUUCAUGCAGUAAAACCAUUCCUCCUCUGAGGAAAACAAAAUGACCGUUAAAAGGUCAGACAGUGUUUGAAUAUGACAGUUAUUGGGUCAGACCGUGUUUGAAUGUAACAAAGUAUUAAGGGUUUAACUGGUGUUCGGGGGGAGGGGGAAGAAAUAAAACAGUCGCACUAAGUCCAUAAAACAGGCGUUUUCUUAAAGCAGGCCUCUCCAAAACCCAGUGGUGGUCGGGUUACUUUCGCCACAUAUCUCCCCCUCCCAGGGAAGACUAACCAGGUACCUGACCUCACGCCGGUCGGUACCUGAGUUAGUCUGGCAGCCCACCCACAACCAAAUACUGGACCUGGUGAAUUUGAUAGCCUGUCUCUGUCCAGUGAGUCCAUCAAGGUUGUGUUGGUAUCUGGUAUUCCUGGUCUCUGGGUGGCUCUCUGGCUUGCAGUGGAGGUUACUUGGGGGGCAGAGAUCAGCGGUGCUCUACCCUGGGGCCAGCACUUCAGCUGGGUAAACCGGUGCACAGUCUGGCCCUGUAGCCAUGGGAUAGGUAGGGCAGAGGCAAGCGGCGCUCUUCCCGGAUGCCAGCGCUUCUGCUGGAAGGGGGUCAGUGUGUAUCGCAGACCGAUCCACUGCCCCCAGGACUCGGUUGGGAAUUAGCUGGGGGGAGGUGGGCUCGCUUACCUCCUCCUCCUGGUAUCCCUGUGGGGAUGGUUGGGGAUCUGGACUGUCCGUCCAGCAUGCCUGUAGGAUUGGAACAGAGACAGUUGUCCCAUCUGGGUUAGGGUUGCUUUCCCCCUGUAGGGUAGGUGAGGGACCAGUUGUAUCCUCUCCCGGUGUCUCCGGCUGCUGUUGGAGGAUGAGGUCGGUUGCCUGCACUCUCCAGGAUGCUGGUUGCUGUAAGGUGGAGGGAUCGACCAUCUGUUCCUCCUGGAACUCAGGCCGCCGCUGGGCAGGGAGACCGACUGUCUCUUCUCCCAAUAACACAUGCUGCCGCUGGCGAGGAAGGCCGACACCUUCGGCUCCCUGUGCUGGACACUGCCGCUGGGGAGUGAGACCGACUGUCUCCACUCCCUGUGUUGCGCACUGCCGCUGGGGAGAGAGACCGGUUGUCUCCCCUCCCUGCAAGGUACGCUGCCGCUGGGGAGGAAGACCGGUUAUCUCCCCUCACUGUUCCACACGCUGCCGCUGGGGAUCUGGGCCGGCUGCCCAACAUCCCUGUAGGGCCGGUAAAAAGACCUCGAUCCCAUCUCCACCUGCCAUCUGUGGGUCUUCCCAGGACCAGUCUAUGAGGUCCCUCAACAUUUAAGAAUAAGGACUACCUGCCUCCGCACCCCGUAACUCCGGCCGCUGCUGGGGAUCUGGGCUGGCUGCCCAGCAUCCUGGUGGGCCCGGUGGAGAGACCUCGGUCCCAUCUCCACCUGCCAUCUGUGGGUCUUCCCAGGACCAGUCUAUGAGGUCCCUCAACAUUUGAAAAUAAGGACCACCUGCCUCCGCACCCGGUAAUUCCGGCCACUGCUGGGGAUCUGGGCCAGCUGCCCAGCAUCCCAGUGGGCCCGGUGGAGAGACCUUGGUCCCAUCUCCACCUGCCUGCUGGGGUUCCUCACAGGACCAGUCUAUGAGGACCGCUACCUCGGGUACCUCUGGUUGCUGCUGGGGAAGGAGACCGGUUGUCUCUUCCCUCUGCUCUGUGCACUGCGGCUGGGGAGGGAGGUCGCUGCUCUCCUCUCCCUGUGACUCGGUCUGCAGGGGGCUGCACGAAUGCUAGCGUUGUCCUCAAUUAUAGAUCCAUAACCGUAACAUUACCAGUGUCUCCAGGGUGCUGCUCCUUGCACUAGGACGCCCUCCCACCGCUGCCACCAAAUGUGACGGUCCAACCCUCUCUGACCGUCUUGGGUUCCCUUUCUCCCAGUAGUUGGCGAAUAAUCCUUCCAGGCAGAGUGUAGACACAAGCAUAGCAAAACCCUCCACACAUGAGCCGAGGCUUAAUGCUGGGUAGAGAUCUGUUUAAUGGCACACAAAGCAACAGUAUUCAUGCAGUAAAACCAUUCCUCUUCUGGGGAAAACAAAAUGACCGUUAAAAAGGUCAGACAGUGUUUUAAAAUGACAGUUAUUGGGUCAGACGGUGUUUGAAUGUAACAAAGUAUUAAGGGUUUAACUGGUGUUCUGGGGGGAGGAGGGGGAAAUAAAACAGUAGAACGAAGUCCAUAAAACAGAGGUUUUCUUCACACACCCCAAGGGCCAUAGUCACAGGACAAGAGGCUGGCAAGGCCUCUCCAGAACUCAUUGGCGAGGUUACUUUCGUCACAGACACAUCCGGCCAUCUUGGCGGUCAUGCCCCGCCCCGUUAUGUAAUCUUUCAUAAACAGCAUUUUUCUGCAGUUUUAAAGUGCCAAUAUAGGAUUACUCCAACCUUUUUUCAUUCCAAUUAUUUUCUUAUUUUGAAUGCCUUGUUGGGCAUUACUGAUUUACUAGAACCCCCUUCCUCAAUUCAAUUAAAAAAACAAAACAAAAAAAAAACAAUAAUAACUAGAAAAGCUACAAUUUCUGGGGAAAUUGUGUGAAGUGUUCUUGCCUCCACCAGUAGUCUACAACUGGAGUGUGCGGAGUAACUGUUAUCAUUUAUAUAGCACAUUUAAUUGCAACGUUGUUGCACAGUUACAUUAAACCAUACAUUUAUAGAACAUUAGCAGGUGUUCAAAAGGCCCUGUCUAUGACAUCACUUGCUGCUGCAGCCUGGCACAGUUCAGAGUAUUUUGGCGGUUGCCAUCUUCAAACGGUCGUAUUUUAAAAGCUAUAAAUCCUACAGCGAAGAGCUUUAUAUUGUGAGAAUCACAAGACCCAGACCUACAUUUUGAUGCAUAGUAUGUCUCUGAAGUAUUAAAAAUGAAGGCACAGUCGCAGUUUAGAAAUUGCACUUCAAAUUUGAGCUUUGCAGAGUGAAGUUUCAAUGAAUGUCAAUGGACGGCGUUGGUUGCAAACAAAUGGUCAUAUUGUGAAAACUAUCAGGACUACGGCUUAGCCGUUGACAUGUUUAGUGGCAGCAGGGAUAGCUGAACGUUUUGAUAUAAGAUUUGUGUAGGUGUGCCUGAAAAUAAGGGAGUGGUGGCAGUUUAGAAAUCAUGUCCUGAUUUUUUCAGCUUUUGCCAGCUCCCACUCUAGCUUUGCCAUUCAUUCCUAUGGGACAAAUUGCGCCACAAAAACGACGAUAUUCCGUGAACCAUUCGGCGAAACGUUCCACAAAGUAAUAGCAAUCCGAUCGGGAACAAUCUGCACGUUUUGGUAAAUUUUUGUCUAUGUAGUGUAAAAACUGUGGGAGGAGUUAGGGUGGCAAAUUUGGCUAUAAUAAGAAUAAUAAUAAUAUAUAUGUGAGAUAACAUUAAGUGGUCUUGCUAUGCAAGAACACUUAAUGAGCAUUAACUUACCUUGAGGCGACUCAUUAUCUGAGUCAGGUUGGGGGCGUACAGUAUUUACAAAAAAAGCAGACUAUGCAGUGAAGGGAGGGUACAUUCAAGGUUUUCCAUGCAGGCACUGCCUGCAAAGGUAGAAGCUUAUAAAGUCGACUUAUAAAGUUACCACAUUGCACGCUAGACAUACCUAUUUUUUUGCACAAAAAUGCAAAAAUCGCAAUUGUUCAGGGCUGGCUAAGUCACAAGAACCGGUGAUGCAACUAGCCCCAGGCACAAAAGUGUAAAUAUUUCUGAAUAUGCAACUGAUUCAUACCACCAUGACACUUUUAAUUGCAGAAGUGGUCAUGGUGGUUAGAGUAACCCUUCAAGACCGUUACGAUGUACCUUGCAGCCCUGCACAAUAAGGGCUUAAUGCUGUUAGGGUGGCAUGGUACACCCUUACAAUCAGCCCUCCUGGCCACAGAAACUUGCCUGGCAAUCUCAGUCUGAGGGGUACUGCCUUACAAGCUUAGCCUGCUGCCAGUCUGGCCAUCGAUAAUAUAUUAACAAGGUAAUUCAUAAAUAGUGCAUCUUUAUUUGUUAAAAAAAAAUGUAACAUGACUUAUAAAUAGCAGGCAAAAGCAUUGUGAUUGGCUGAGAUGAUCAAUUCUGAUGAUGUCAGCCAAGAAGACAGAUUGGGGCGGAGCCAGCGCCAGCACACACGUGAGCCCCUAGACCCCCCUUGCCACUAGUUAUUUAAGAGGGGCCAAGAGGCUAUUAUGUUUUUUUAACACUAUAGGGUCCAGAAUACACAUUUGUGUUCUUGACGGAAUAGUGUUCCUUUAAUGAAGUUGUGAACCGCACCUAGACACAAGUGCAGAGUUUCUGAAAUAGUUAGUGCUAUGGUGUGUGGUGGCAGUCUGUCCUUACUUCAGUACACCCUGCCAGUUUUCUUUCCCAUUUCAUGGUGACAGAGUGAUGUACCUGUUGGGAAAUGGGCAUAAACAAAAAAAACAUUCAUUUCCACAUUAUGCUGUUUUAAGUGGCUGAACAAAUGCCUCAAAUUUGUUCCAUCCCUAUGGGCAGGGGCAUAGCUAGAGCAUUUUGCCCCCCCCACUUAAAAUGUUAAACACCCACAAUUGUUUUUUAUUUUAUUUUUUAAUAUUUUCAAGAAUAUUCCUAGUCCCCUCAAGACCCAAUUAGAGACUACAAUGGAUUUUAAUGGGCCCUGGAGAUGGGUCUCUUUAACACUCUGGCCUGUAUUCAUAAUAAUAAUAUAGUAAUAUAACUAGUUCUCUGAUACCCAGCCCAAGUUGGCUCUCCUCACCUUAAUGACUGCUGCUGGCUGACUCCUGUGGCAGGCUGGCUAGCUGCUGUGGCUGCUCUGACCAACUGGCUGGCUGCUGUGGCUGGCUUACUGGCUACUGCUGGCAGACCUCUUUCUUCCCUCAGCAGGCGUCUGUUUCUCCCCUUCCCGUUUGUGUGUCACUUCCCCCCCCCUCCCUUCCCCCAGCCCUUCUAUGUGCCUCUUUGUCCUCACCAGCACCUUUGUGUGUCUGUUUCUCCCCCCACUCCUUUCUGUGUCUCUUUUUCUCCUUUCCCCAGCCCCUCUGUGUGUAUCUUUGUCCCCCAACCAGUGCUUCUAUAUGCCUCUUUGUGCCCCCAGACCAUCUAUGUGUUUGUCCCGUCUCAACCCCUCUGUGUGUUUUUGUCCCGUCUCAGGCCCUCUGUGUGUGUUUGUCCCACCUCAGCACCUUAUGUGCCCCUCUUUUGCCCCCUCUCCACUUGUGAUCUUCUUUUGCCCCCUUUCUUUCAUGUGACCUACUUUUGCCCUCCUCUUCCAUCGUGUGCCCUUCUUUUGUCCCCCCUCAUGUGCCCUCUUUAGCCCUCUCUCCACCUGUACCCUCUUUACCCCCCGUGAACUAUUUUGUCCCCCUCCCCUCCUGUGCCUUUAGUUAGCCACCUUUCCCUCCUGUGAUUUCUCUAGCCUCCUCUCCUGUGCCCUCUUUUAUUCCUCUAACCUCAGGUGCCCUGUUUAGCCCCCCUCACCUCCUGUGCUUUAUUUAGCCUCCCUCCACUCAUUAGCCUCCUCCACUCUUUAGCCUCCCUCCCCUGUGCCUGCUCAGCCUCACCUGAAGCAGAUGGUCCUCAUUGGAGAAGCUUCUGCUUCCUGUACCUGGUUUGGCAGGAAGCACUUCUGUACUCUCUAUGAGCACUUCCAGUCAGAUUGGGUAGAGGAACAGAGGCUCCACUACCGCAGUCCGCCUGCUCGGCCACAUUACAUUUUGUGGCCUUCAGGAGGGGAGCACUGUGCAGUGUACCCCCCAGGCAUGCCCCUAAUGAAUAGCACCUGGGGUGGACCGCCACCCCUCAAUUAGUAUUCCAGUGCCUAUGGGAAUUACACUGAGCACAUGUGUCUUUGCUAUUUUGCCCAAUAAAAUCAUGAACUCCAGGAUGUUAAAUUGGAAAGUACUGUUCUUGAAAAGCAAGAAUACAUGAAAAAAGAAUACUGCUCCUUUCCAUGUCUUUAGAUAUACAAAUUGUGUUUGCACAAACAUUUCAAGUGGUUUUGUUCUAGCAGCUGUUACUAGUAAGUUCUAGAAUGGAUUUCUGAAAUUUAAUCUAUGAAUAUUUAGGAAACUUGAUGACUUUAGGGAGAAAUUCAUUUCUUAAGAACUUUGAGCAGUUGUCUCAUACCGUAUUUUGUUAAACAUAAAUUACAAAACAAAUCUAAUUAGUGAACAGCAAAUGUCUUUUUGCUGUGCUGUGCAGCUUCAUUUUGUAAUUCAAAAAACUAAAUUAAGAACUUUUUAAAUCCUCUCUAAAAGUGUUUUAUCUUCUAAUGGCACUUGUAGGAGGCAUGAAAUAAAUGAAAACAGAAUAUAGCAGAGAGAGUGUGGAUAUUUUACAUUUUAUGUCACUGAUUGUAAGCUUUCAAUAAGCCAUAUUUGUUUAAUGAAUAGAUCAGUGGUUCCCAAACUUUUUAGGUUCAAUGUGCCCUUAAUAUUUUAAUAUUUUUCCAAGGCGCCCCAAGUCAAAAAAUAUUUCUAGGUUGUAUAUAUGUACAUCACAGCAGCAUAUACUGGGCCCCUGUUCGUCAGAAAUGCUUGCCGUUCAAGUGCAGAUCCAGAACCUAAUCUUGGGAGGGGCACUGGUAGAUUAUUUAAAGGGCCAGUGUGUGUAUGGGGGGAGUGCAGUGUGCGUGUGUGGGGGUAUAGUAUGUGUGUAUGGGGGGAGCAGUGUGUGUAUGUAUGUGGGUCGGAGUUAUCGUGUGUUGUGGGAUCUGUGGGGGUGUAAGUGCAAAUUCGUGUGUGUGUGUUAUAUAUAUAUAUAUAUAUAUAUAUAUAUGUAUGUAUGUAUGUAUGUAUGUAUAUAUAUAUAUGUAUGUAUAUGUGUGUUUUUAUUUUUUUUAAUUUUCAUAUCCCCCCUUCUUGCUUACCUUUGCCUGGGAGGGAGGACAGUACUCAUAGUCCCUGGUAGUCCUAGUGGUGAGAGUAAACUCUAGCAGCCUCAUGAGCUGCUAGAGUUCACUCUUGCAAGAUUCAGAGCGUUGCCGUGGUAACCGCGGCAACGCUCCGAGCUCGCGAGAGGAGAACACGGCGGAGCUGCAGGUUAGCGCUCCCCCGGGUCCUCCCUCUCUUCCCUGGCGGCUGCAGCAUUACAAUGCUAGGGGGCCGGAGAGGGAGAUCUCUGAUCUCUCCUCUGGUCCUACAGAGCCAGCAGGGGAGAGGGAGGCACAGUUUCCGGUGCUAUGAUCAUAGCACCGGGAAAAUAUUUUGCGGUUCCACUGUGUGCCUGUCAGGGCACCGCAGCUCACAGUUUGGAAACCGCUGGAAUAGAUUUUAAAUUGUGAUAUAGACAGUACUGGGCCUUUGUUGCCCUUUAUAUUAGUUUAUAAAGUCAGUAACCUACUUUGCACAAUAAACAAAAAAAACUUCUUUCAUUUUUGGCCUGUUUGGACAAAGACUAUUAAUGAAUUAUUGAUAGUAUUGGUGAUCCAUGUGCCUUUUGUAAUGCAUAAACUCUUCUUUUUUGAGGAUAAAGGUCUUCUAGGACCGCAUUAUUUGUAAUUCAUUACAGAGCUAAUGCAUGAAACAUACCUCCUUGAAGUGCCUCUCUUGCACCGAAGUUUUGGACUGUAGUCCUCUUCCUUCACUUAAAAUGUAAUCUAAGAAGCAGCUAUCACAGCCAAUCCUGAUUCUUUGCUUGUUUUUGGAGGAUUACAGAGUAUAUAAAUGCAUAUGAUGUGUUGUUAAUGCCUGUUUGGUAGAGAGCUGGACUCCAUUGAUAUUAGACAAGAUAAUUUAUAUUUUGGAUGUUAAUUUUGUCACUUUGUUGCAUUUGUGAAUGUUUUGUGAGCUGCAAAUGAUAUUGAGGGCUGGCAUUAGGCUUCUGCUUGACGUAUGUAUGUCACAUAGAUGCUGGGUAUGAUGUGGAUGUCAUGGUAACAACAGUGCAUUUAGGGUGGUAUGUGCCACAUAAAUCCUGGCUCCUUAAAGGACCACUAUAGUGCCCUGAGGAUAGUGCUGGGCUAUAGGGGGUGGAAGGGGUUAAACUUACCUCUUUCUCCAGCGCUGAGCGGGGAGCUCUCCUCCUCCUCGGCUGAAUGUGCAUGCGCGUCAAGAGCCAUGCGCGCAUUCAGCCAGUCUCAUAGGAAAGCAUUCACAAUGCUUUCCUAUGGAAGCUGGCGUCUUCUCACUGUGAUUUUCACAGUGAGAAGCGCCAGUAGCUUUUUCGACGAGACAGCUACUAGAGGCUGGAUUAACCCUAAUAUAAACAUAUCAGUUUCUCUGAAACUGCUAUGUUUAUAGAAAAAAGGGUUAAACCUAGCUGGACCAGGCACCCAGACCACUUCAUUAAGCUGAAGUGGUCUGGGUGCCUAUAGUGGUCCUUUAACUUUGAGCUCCAACAAUCAAGCUAAAUAUUUCAGUCUCCGUAUUGAGAUCUGUGUGUGGCUUGCAGGUCACAUAUUAGAUUCUCUAAAUGUUUGGUAUUUAUGUAGUGUUAGUGUGCAUCUGAUGUAGUUUCCUGAUCCAACAUGAACCGUGGAAAAUUUAACUACUUUUUCUCUGUCUGCUUCAGUGGGCUUUCAGAAUCAGAUAUAUAUUGUCAAAGGGUUUGAUGAAUCCAUCAGAAACAGAGAUGGUAUUUAUUAAUGGUAGCCAAUAUAUCUGGAUUAAAACUGUGUUAUUCUAUUUCCUAUUGAUGACUUUUUCAAAAUGUUGACAAUAAAUGUCAUGACAAUUUCCACAAAUUUCAUCUGUGUGAUUUUUUUCUUUAAUUAUUUACGUAGACUGUAUAAAUGGUUUUAAUGCUGGGCUUUGCAAUUUAGUAAAUUGCAUUCAAAUAAUUUUUUAAUCUAUUUUGUUUCAGAAAACCAAUGGCGUAUUUCUCAGAGAAUGGAAACAGUUCUAAUGAUGAAGAAUCAAUUCAACACAGUAGUCUUGUCAGCAGCGGAUCAAGCUACUCGAAAGAUUCAUUUGAAUCUGUUACUGAUGGAUCCAAUUUUAGCUAUGAAAGUGAAACAUUUGAAUCACUCUCUUCUGACACAGAAUCUGAUCCAGUUUCACCAUCUGAGACAAGUGGCCAAUCAAGAAUAAAUGGGGACUCCCCUGAAGAGCAGUCUUUAGGUACUACACCACACUGGAGACUGAUUGAUGUACUCCAUAAUUAACAUAUAUGUAUGUCUCAAUGUGGCACACUGUUAUGAAUGAAAUAAUGUUUUUCUUCCAAGAUCCUUGAAGUUAGGACCUGUUACUGCAGAUCCACUCUGUUUUACCAUUUUGCAUAGAAUGCUGUGGAUAUAACUUUUUCUUGGCACUUUAAAUACAUGACAAUAGUCCCUUAAGUGCAUACACCUAAUUCCUAAAUGACACAAAUCUGUUGCCAUCUCCUGGAAGAAUAUGUGUUGCUUCUGUAAUGAGUCUGAUGUCAAAUGGAAAAUACAGCAGUUAAAAUACUUCUUUAUAUGUUUAUAUGUGUUUUUGACAAUCUUUAUUUGAAAGACAUUUUAAUACAGAUAGAACAAAAAGGACAAUCUGUGCGACAGAGAAGCUAAAACCUCUUUAAUGCAUUAUUCAGCACAGUAUAUUGGUUUAAUUAAGUAAGUCAGAUCUUCAUACUUGGUUCCGUCUCUCCUUUUCAUCAAUAUUCUUACAAAGAAAGGCAGAUGGAUAGGAAAACGUGAGGGGGCAGUGGAAGAAGAAAGACAUUUUUUUUUAUUUUUUUUUAUACUAUUGAUAAAUUGUCUCCAUAUCCCCCUCUCUCCUCCCCUCCAUCAGGGGAAUGACUAAAGCGGCCGCCCCCAACCGUAAACGCACAUGCCAUGUAUGAGGGGCAGUUAACUUUAAGAUUACUGUCCUUUGUUGUGCAGAGUGCCUGAGCCAUUUCCACAAAUAAUCCCAUACAAGGGCUACACAGGUUUUACUAUUUUUCAUUUUUUAUUUAAGUUGCUUUUAUUAAUGUCAUUGCAAAUGAAAAUACAAAAUCACUGUUAUCCAUAAAGAAAUUAACAGUUGCAAUAAUAGACAUGUAUGUGAUUGUUAGUAAGAUGACAUGGAACAGAUCAUGUGCAUGCAACAAUAAACCUUAGGCAAGUAGAAAUCAAGCAUGAGUUAUGGUGUCAAAACAAAUGCAUUUAUACAAAAAGAGCCGUCAUUAGAGCCGUUGAGAUCCUAUGUAAGACUUGUCAGAAAAUCCAAAUCUUAGGUGGCAGGAGGAUAGGAAAAAAGGGGUCUUGGAUAUGUCCAACACCUAUACAUCCUCCAUCAAUACCAUGCUCUGAUAUGAGAGAGUUUAUAUGAUAUGAUAUAUGAUAUGAGCGAGAGAAGAAAAGAGAAGAAAUUUCCGAUUUCUGCGCACAGCUGUUUGUGGUGCCUUUAAACAUCGCAAUCAGACUCCAUAGCAUAAGUCUCCUCGACCUUCAUCAUCUACUGCAGCAGAGAUGGCGCACCUGGUUUUCGCCACAUAGUCGAUAUCAGGGACUUAGCAGUGUUUCAUAGGUCUUGGGAGUCUCAGGUAGAUGCAGAGAAUGAAGGAAACGUGGGAUAUUAUCAGGCCAUCUAACUACAGGCCAUGUAUUCCACAGCCGGGCUUGGAGGUUAAAUGGAUAGUCCCACCGGUAAGGUUCUCUCUCAAUGUUACAGGACACAGUGCUCUCCCAGCAUCUUAGGUUAGGUCCUGGUAGAGGGAGACCUCAGCACCUGGGAGGGAGGCCGCCAUAAUCUUCUUUAGACUGAAGGUGUGUAGGCAACAGACGACGUCUCUUCUCUAUCCAUCCUGGCUAGGAUUCCUUAAGGCCCUAUGGUCCUGAUCCAGCUGGAUUGUGUCCGGUGCCCAAGCUCCCAUGACCUGUUUCAAGUGGGCCUUGAGUGUUACCGCAAGUGGCUCCUUAUCUGGUUCAGAUAAAUGUCAAACCAUGAUGUUAAUCCUCGGUUAUCCAAAUCCUUCUCGUUCAAGGAGCAUGUUUCAUUGGCACCACAGCCUGGUGUGGUUGGGCACAAAGUCGGUCCCCAGUUUCCAAGGCUUUAAAUCAUGUGUCUAGGCAAAUCGGUUGGUACGUAAUUCACCUAAUCUCAGAUGGCUUCACAGACUUCCAUUACUAUAUUUGUGUCUGCUUUUGUGAGUAUGUUGGCUGAGAUCGUAGUCCACUCUGUCCUGAUCCGGGCGGGGGUUCCCUCAGUCGCCAAUCCAGAUAGGGAAUUUUCCACUCUCUCUGAGCCUAGAGAGGCGGGCGCCAUGUUGACCAGAGGACCACUCAGAUCAUCCAAUGUGGAGAUGAAAUCAUCCAUGGUGCCGGUGAGUCUCCUUGGCUUGGAUCUUUGUGUUAUGCAACAUAAUUGCAUAUUUAAAGGCUUAAGUUGGAGGUUUAAUAGGCCUGGGGUGCGAAGCCUAACACUCACAAGUCCUGCUCCAUGCACGGCCAAACCACAUCCCCCUUUAUAUGUUUAUUUUAACGUGCAUAUUUUUUAAUGAAUGUAUUAUAAACCUAUCUUGCGCAAGAAAGUGUGAUGAUUUCCAAACAGAUGAACAGAUGUGCCAAACAGACAGUAAUCUUUAAAAAGUAACAUGGGCAUGUAUAUCUUAACUAUGUGACCUCUUAGACUCUUUUUGUUUUAUAGGUGAAGGGUUAAUUGAGAAAUGGAUAAAAACUCUUAAGCACCAAGAGCUGAGGAUCACAGUGUUCCAAUCAGGAUUUCAUCGAACAAAUGGUGAGCAAGACCACAAAUCACAUUUUUAGUCCUGGGUUUUGCAUUAUUAAUAAUAAUAAUAAUAAUAAUAUUAUUAUUAUUAUUAUUAUUAUUAUUAUUAUUAUCGCCAUUUAUAUGGCACCAACAGAUUCCGUAGCGCUUUACAAUAAUAAAUACAUUUAAAGAGCAGUUAGUGAAGGGAGAAGAGAUAAAAAAUAAGAUAAAUAGGAGGAGGAAAAUAUAGGAUUGUAGAAUUAAAUUUCUGUAAUAACCAAGAAAACCCAACUUGGACAAAUAGUAAUAUACAUAUUGUGAAUAAACAUCAAGCAAAACACCCACAUUUUGGUGAAACACAAUCUUAUCAAUAAGGCUGUGUAAAACCAACAUUUUAGAACUGGGUUUCUUUGUUAAUGAUGAUAUGGCACUUCAAACAAAAUAGAAAAAUGUAGACCAAAAUGGUGAAUGUUUAUAAUGAACGCUAAUCCCAUUAGACUAUUCCAAAAUAGCAAUUAUUUGUGAGUUAAAUGAUCAAAGAUACUGAAUUGGAGUUUAACAUCCGUACAAAAAGAUUCCAAAAUGCAGCUAUAGUAUUGAACGCCUACAAAACACUGUGCAUGAUGUUGGAUUUAUGGUAGCUAAGAAAGAUAAAGAAAUUGGCUCAUAUAGUGAUUUGUUAACUACAAAAUUCAGGGAGCUCUUUCUAUUAUUUGGAUUCUCUAUGAACCAAAAGGGGUGUGGUUUAUUUUCAUAUGCAGCCCAUAAAUCACUUGCAAUAUCAAUAGGGUUCUACAUGAAUAUUGGUUUAUUUUUUUUAAAAGAGAGACUAUUACAAAAAAACAUAAGGCAAGAAACCUAGAAUCCGUAUUGUUUUCUGUGAUACUCUGUCUUGGGAAAGUCCAUUCUUGGCAACCUCUUUAACUGUAAAGACGUGUAGAUGCAUAUAUAUAUAUAUAUAUUUAUUUAUUUCUUUGGACAUGGCAGGAUAAUAUAGAGCCCAUAGUUCAUUGGUCUGAUUUUAUAUUCACGGAGAUAGUCACUAUUUAACUCCAUUGACUAUUCAAGCACUGCCAUGAUGAAUGCUCAUUAUAUACUCCUCUUAAAUUGAAUUUGGUAAAAACAAUGGUGCAGUUUAACCUUAGUUCAGUAAUCAGGGGCAUAGGGUAAACAUUAUGAAUAGUGAUUUGGUUAAGCCUCUUAUAAGUGAUACUUGGCUUCAAAAAAACAUUUAACAAAGUGCACCAUGCACUGCUUUGGAAACAGAUCUAUGAAUACACUUUUAAGGUGUUACCAAUGUUCUCUUUCAUUGAAGCAUUCUUGCCCAGAGACAUGGCAUAUACUUAGUCACAGUAAAUGUAGCAAAGACACUCACAGGGUUGACAAAGGAACUAUGGUACUGAAACGUUGCUGGGUCCACCUUUUGUAGUUUGGUUUAAUAAAAUACAUCACAGAUCCCAGAGUGUGGAGCUGCUUUAUUUUACAUUUUUGGUAUAUACUUUGUCACUGAGAGGCAGGAGGACAGGAAGAUAUUUUGACACAAGUGAAUACCCUGAUUGUCAGAUUUCUGUUGACCUUGUGUUUGAUGUUUGUGACAAGAAUGGAACUAAAUGAAGCAUUAUACAGUAAUAGUGUGUCCUAAUAGUAAAGCUGUGCCCUAGAAUUAAAAUCCAAUAUGCAAGAACCACAAACUGUGAUUUGGGUUUCUUGACAAUCAGUUUUAUAGAGAAAAUGUGUAAAGUAUUUGUUCUUUAUCUAAAUCUUUUAAUGACAUAUGACUUUGGUUGUUGUUGUUUUCAUGGUUGGUAUGUGAGGUUUGUCAACAAAGACCGAGUCAAGUAAUAUCACCAAUGGUUCUUGAGCGUAAAGAAUCUUAGACUUGCAUUAGAUGAGAACAGACAGGAGUAAUCUAGAUGUUUUACUAAGGAACAUCGACGUCUUAUCCUGUGCCUAUUGUAUCAGAAGGUAGAUCUUUCACAGCUGCUUCAUCCAUGACAACCUCUGAGGGGCUGCCCUCAGGGGAAUGGGUUCUGAACUUGAUAUUAUAAUGUAUUAAUCGUCGUUUACCUACCGUUCUAGAACGCUUUGGCUACCAUUCGACUAUGGAAGCAGAUCUACCAGAUAUAUCAAACAUAUUUUUGAAAGCAGGCAAGUUAUAAUAAUUCAAUUCAAUAGGCUUUUUAUUCUUCCAAGAGGGAAAAAUUUGUAGGAAACACACCAAUGGUAAGUGUGUGUGUCUUUUUUGUAAAGAGAAGCUGUCUCUUCCUCCGCGCCAACACAACCUAAAAGCCAACUAAUUAUAAUUUAUUUAUUCAUCUUGCUCUGUGAAGUAUAUGAACUGGAGUACUCUUACAGUGCUGUUUCUAUAGCGCUUGCAAAGUUGUCCUUUUAAAAAAAUAAAUAAAAAAAAUAAUGCAGUAAAAUACAGACCAAUCUCCCACAUUUUACAUGAAUAUUUGACCUUGAGCCAGUGCGCUGUUUCAUAUAAAAUCAUUUAUAUUCUGGCAUUAUUGACCCUUUUUAAUAUAUUCAUGAAAUGUUGGCACUUAAAGGACUUUAAUACAUUCAAGCAGAUUUAUAUCAGUGGGGUCAAGGUUUUUGUCAAGAUAUUUAAUCCUGAUUAAGUUAUCUGAACAGAAACACUGUCCUGACAUUGUAAAGUUAUUUAUCAAGGAAGGGGCUCUCUGUGAAUGUUUAGAGAGUAGUUGUCACUUACAUUGUGCAUUUUACAGUUAAGUAUAUUGUAUAAUCAUAUAUAAUGGCAUUUAGAGAUGAAAAAAAAAAUACAUGUGUAUGUAUUUGAAAUCUGCCUUUUCUUGACAUCAGUGUCAAGGAGAAAUGUGAUUGUCAUUUUGGAGUCAAGAAAGAUUUUUCCUUCUCAUUCUGGUACAAGAUUUCCUGACAGAGGCCUCAGUUUAAUAAUAUUUUUAUAUAUAAAGAAAACUUCCAAAUGAUUUAUCCAACAAAAUUUCCCAUAAACUUUAUUGGGGAUGUUUGUAGAUAAAUUAUUUGAAACAUUUGUCCAAAAUAUUAAAUUGAGGCCAAAGUGAGAUUUGGUUAUCUGACUUUUUUUCAUCAUGCAUAAAUAAAUUCAUGAAUGGUUAAACAUGAUUUACUUGAUUCUUUUUCUACCUAUCACAGAUACUGUGUAACUGUUUAUAGCGUGAUAGCCUCUGUGGCAAUCAUUCCCAUUUUAAUUUUUUUCAGGAUUAAAGGAUCACUAUAGGGUCAGGAACACAAAAAUGUAUUUCUAACCCUAUAGUGUUAAAACCACCAUCUAGGACCCCUCAUGCCUCCAUAAAUAUAGCAAAAUCUUACUGUAUUCAAGCCUGAAGCUGUAGAUCUGCAUGCUGUUUGCCUCACAAAAACAACAAUUAUUUUUAUUUAAAUGGACUCAUCACCUUUAUAACAUCAUUCCCAUACUCUUGAAUCCUAAUUUUGAAAAGUGAUUUUAAAAAUUGUCUCUGAUUGGCCAAUUACACUUUUGGCGCAAUUCUCAAAUUAACAUAGCCCUAUUUAAACAACCCCUGCCAGGUUACUACUUUUAUCCCAUUCUGAAGAAGCCACUUAUGGUGAAACGCGUUUAUGGUUAUUAAUUCUGUAUUUUACUGUGUAUUUUAGAUCAAUAAAAGUUUUUUGGCUACUUUAUUGUACCAAUCCUCUUUUUAUUGCACUCUUUAUGCACUUUAAACAACUUUUUUUUACCUAUUCCUGGCAUUUUAACCUUUCCUGGUUACUUUUACUUCCACUGGCAAUUUUAAAGUUCCAGUACUCCAAGAAAUCCUAGGUGGGGAUCAUACCACCGGCGCCUAUCCAUAGAGCAGUACCUCUGCUCUAUCUUUGUGAGUAUUAUUUUAUUUUCUCUACUACUCUCUUAACCUAUCACAAUUGAGAGCACUAUUGCUGCUUUUUAUUCUUCUAUAUUGGAGCCUUGGAUCACCAGACGGUGCUGACGGACGUAUCGCCGCUACAUAUCCUAUAAGCGGGGAUUAUACCGCUGUACGCUAUCCACACCAGAGCUGGCCAUAGCUCCCUCAAAUGUGAGUUUUUUUAACUCUUCUUAUCUGCACAUUGAACCACAUCAAAAUUGAGAGCACUAUUGUUGCUUUCUGUCUUUCUUUUCCGAGUUCUGGACUACCAGACGGUGUUGACGGAGACCCCCUCCCUACAUAUCCCAUAAGCGGGGAUUAUACCGCUGUACGCAAUCCACACCAGAGCUGGCCAUAGCUCUCUUGAAUGUGAGUUCUUUACUUUUUGUUACCUAUCACACCCUGAACUUUCAUACUAUACUAUUAGUCGCCUCUACCUCUCUUGUAUUUACAUAUACGGAACGGUCUACACCAGACGCAUCCACAGAGGAACUCUAUCAAGUAUCCUAGACCAUCUAUUGGCACCCUAGCAAUACUUUACUGGACUAUCUACCCUUAUUUGGCGCAGCCCUUCCAUAUCUUUUUGUAUCUAUCCACCGAAGGACCCGAGGGGUUUUCCUUCAUUUGGGUUGCUGCCUACCUUGACUAAUUUUGUGAUUACUAGCGCUGAAUCUUAAUACUCCAAUCAAAGGCUUCUCAUUGAGGCUUCUCUGUGCUGAAGCCGCUAGUGUGUGACCUCGAAUGCAGCAUUGCUAUGCUUCUCAGUGCACUCUAGUACAGCAAGAAAACCUCUCUGGCUGUUUGACAGCUGGGCAGGCAUUUCUGCUAAUUGUUAUAAAAGUUCUGAUUUCUAUUGAAAUCUGCACAUUCAUAAACUGUCACAAAUAUGGACAGAAUGUUCCUUUCCUGACAGGAUAGAACUGGAAUAUUCAUGUCCUGACUUGCCCAAAGUUAGCGGUGGUGGAACACCCAGGCAUCAGCUUUUCUCCUGAAUCUGGUAUUAAGAGAGACUACCUGAGGAGACAGAACCACUUUCUUCCCUGCUUUCUAGCAUUUCACUAAAAAGAGAGUGUAUAAAUCAGGUGUGUACUUCACACCAUCCUUGGGCAGACACGAUCUGUACGCUGAAGCAUGUAUUAAAUAAAAAUAUGCCUUUUGAGAUUUCUAUUGACAUUCAUAAAUCACUCAACCUUCAGUUAUCUGAUUAAUAUAAUGUAUCCAGAACCAUUGAGGGCAUUAUUCUUCCAUACACGUUUCACCAUUGUGUAACCUCUGUAUUGUUUAGCAGUGUGAAGUGGUAAAUGUUUUAUGUUUGUGUCUUCAAUGUUGAAAUAAUAGGUUCUGUAGAAACGAAGUAUAAGUAGGUAGUGUAAUUGAAGGCAGAAUAGCAAUGUGAUGCUAAAUAUUUUUCUCUAUAUAUUUUUUUUAAUAAGGAUAAUUUAAUCUUUUUUUUUUUGUUUGCAUAAAUUCUACAGUUUUCUGGUUAAAGAAUAGAAAAUUAGGUCUGCAAGAUGGUUUUGUACAUUACAAUUUUACAUGGAAACUGUUAAAAAAAACAAAAAACAAAAAACAAAAAAAAACUUCAAGGGUUUAUCCAAGCACCAUGAUUUGAAGCAGUAAUGGUUCAGAGACUAUUUACUUGGAAAUGAUGCACAUUCAGUGUUCAAUCCCUUAACUGCUGGAAGUGUAACUCUACCACUGUCAGCAUAAUUGUGGCGUCCUCCAUCCCGGCAGGCUAAUGUCAAUUCUGUGCAACUUUUCUUGCAAAGAAUGUCAGUCAUUGACUGAAAGCGGUCAGCUGACUCAAUGAACAUUGACAACAGCAGCUGCAGAAGGUGGACGCGCGUCACCGGAAGCAUCAGUGGGCUGAAGCAGUUAUGAUGCUCGGAGUAACCCUUUUAAAAGUCCCAUAAAUAUGGGGAACCUCUAAGGCCAAUUCGCCAAUUUUGGAAAUUGACUUGUGAAUUGCAAAUAACUAGGGAAAGAGAACUAAAUUAACCAACAAUAUUAUUUUUCCUGCUCUGCUUUUUAUUUUUAUUUUUAUGUUUGUAAUUUUCCCAGUCAAUUUUCGACAAUCUACAGUUUCAUGAAUAACUCCAUAAGUGGUUCUGAGUAUGAGAUAUUACUCCACUCUCCGGUUCACUCAUGGUGGAUUUUUUUAGAGUUUAUAUAUGAACUCAAAAUUUUGGAGAAAUGACAAGGACUUUACAAGUUUUAAGCCAAAAUAGCUGACCUGGACGUAGUUUUUCCAAUGUAGGUAUUUUGACAUUGGUAUUUUCUCCACAGUUGACAUUUUAGUAAAUAAACCACCAAGCUUUCCACAUGGUUAUUGUACACAUGUCUAUCUGUUUGUUUUUUAUUUCAAAUCCAUGCUAGUAUAGAAGUAAUCUUAUAGUGACAUUUUAGGUGUCAUAAUCACCACAAGCUAUAGCAAGGUGAAAGGUUAGUGUAGGACCCACCUGAGAGGUUUGCCUUGAUGUGGAAGGUGGGCUAAAGUCUCUCAUGGCCACUGGAGAAACUAAAUAACCUCCAUUUGUUUAAAUAUGCAAAGAAACAGAAGAAACGAGGAGAGGGGAUGAAAAAUCACCACCCCUACCCAAAAGGUUACAGGAGGUAUAAGGGGCCUAACCCCAGAAACUAAUAACACCAAGAGAACAAAAAUGGGGUAGAGAAUCCACUCACAAAAAGUAGUUGGAAAAACCAACCCAUUUAAAUAUACCUCCUGUAACGGACCGUUUUGCACACAAGGGGUUAAAACCGUUUAGGCGAUCGUCCCCUUUCAGAGAUGCAGGCACAGCUAUUGCAGAACACCAAACUCCCGAACUGCAAAUAAGGGAAUGCUCCAAUCUCCCGAACUGCAUACAAUAUAGCACUCCAAACUUCCGAACUGGAAGCAUACGAAUAGCUGCUAGCAGACGAAUAGGAAAAGCACCCAAGCGGCUUACACUCCUAGCAAUCAGUCUCUAUCAGCAUUCAGUAAAUCCCCCCCAAAGACGAGACAAGGCUCCGUGUUGAAGGUCAAGCAGUGGUCUGUUUAAUGAGGGCUACCUGCCCAGUAUUUAUGCAGGUCUCCCACCUGGUGGACACUCCCCUGGGGACCAAAUGGGAGACUGUGACAAGGGACAGACAAGUAGCCAAAUAGGACACACAGUCACAUUGUAUUCCCACAAUGCAUCCUGGCUUCCUCCCCUCUGCCCUGGAGAUAAUUAAGAAGUAAUUCAAUUAUCUCCCAGGACAAAGGCAAAUCGCCAUUAUGCACGUGGGGAUACUAAAACAAGAAUUAUUAUUAAAAUACACCAUGUAGGACAUGUUACAUUAAAACUAUACAUUUAACAUAUCCCCAGAUAGCUCAGGUCUGAGUGCACAUUAUUAAGCGAAUGGCGCUCAGACCACACAAAUACAGUUCAAUCGCCAUGGAGCCAAAGUCUUUACAAAGUUAGUUCUCAUACGAAUGAGCUCCAUGGGAUUCCUAUCUGGGGUAUAAUACAGUCAGGUAAAACUACCGAACACCGGGCCGUUCGUGCAUUCCCGCCGAACAAGAAGGGAGGUUGGCGGCUUCACGCCAAACUGUGUCUGUUUUUAGUUCCAUGAGCUGUGCGUUCGCAUGUUUAAAAUGGCCGGGACCUCGUGUUCGUGAUACGAAUGGCGGCCACCCAGUAUUCGUCAAUUAAGCUGCGGUUAACUGCAGCUUCUGGGAGAUCAAUUGCCGGCACACCCCAGCUCCCAGGUGGGCUUGUCAUUCGUGCGGUUGUUCGGUAGAUUGAAUCUAUUGAACACUGGGCAGAAAAGCACGAAUAAGUCUUUUCUGCAAGGGAAACAAAGUAUUUUAACAUGGGGCCAUAAUCCAGAGGCAGCAGGCGAGCAACCAGGCUUCUCCAAUGCAAUGUGGCGAGAUUGCUCUUGUCACACCUCCUUAAUGUAAAGCGUCACAUAAGUAAAGUACGAAAAUCGUUAUUAAACAGAAUAAUACUAAAUAUACCGAAAACAGUGUAAGUGAUAAGAUACAUAAUGACACCUAUUAAAAACCUGGGCACACUAAACCCAAACAAUCACAUUAUUGAUUAUAAAGUAGAGGUUCAUAAAUGGUGUUUGCCUUUGAAGAGGCAGAGUAGAGACACCUCAAUAAACUAAUCAAUAAGUGGCACCACGGUCUAGUCAUACACUUAAAAGAAAAUAAAUAAACUGCAGCAAGGAUAGGGAGAAAAAGAGCCAGGCUGAGAAUGCAGAUAAGGGUGUCUGGGCUAAGUAUGGAAGUACUAAGGAGUUAGUAAUGCCUCCCUAAACAGUGGACAGAAAAAGGUGGAAAAAUGGGUAAAUGGAUGGAACUCUACAAAAAAUAUAAGUAUAUAUGCCCUUAAUUCUAACCGGAUAAGGAGAGUAGAGUAGCCCCUAUUAGACCCAAAUAGUGUAAGUCUCCACAGUAGCAAAAGGCAGAACCAUAAAUGUGCUCAAAUAUGUAGAACUACCUACACAAUAAUAGACCUAUCUGCUUAAAAGAUCUCUCCAAAAUAACACCGAGAUCCUAAUAUACCCUAUGCUAACCGACUAGCCCCAAAACACCAAACAUAUAACUGCUGCUUCAUGGCAGCCUAGCAAGGUCCCUAAACAACUAAUAGCUGAUAAUGAUACUAAGUGAAUGGUUAGACGCCGUGGGAGCCCAGGUAUAUAAAAAAUAAUAAUAAUGAAAGUUAAAAUAACAGCAUCGGCUGCUAACAGCUCGACAGUUGUUUCGGCGUGUUAGAUACGCCUUUGUCAAGAGCAAACUGUUUACUCUUGACAAAGGCGUAUCUAACACGCCGAAACGCGCGUAGAGCUGUUAGCAGCCGAUGCUGUUAAUUUAACUUUCAUUAUUAUUUUUUUAUUUACCUGGGCGUCUGCCAUUCACUUAGUAUCAUUAUCAGCUAUUAGUUGUUUAGGGACCUUGCUAGGCUGCCAUGAAGCAGCCGUUAUAUGUUUGGUCAAUAAUGUGAUUGUUUGGGUUUAGUGUGCCCAGGUUUUGAAUAGGUGUCGGUAUAUAUCUUAUCACUUACACUGUUUUUGGUAUAUUUAGUAUUAUUCUGUUUAAUAACGAUUUUCUUACUUUACUUAUGUGACGCUUUACAUUAAGGAGGUAUAUUUAAAUGGGUUGGUUUUUCCACCUCCUUUUUGUGAGUGGAUUCUCUACCCCAUUUUUGUUCUCUCAGUGUUAUUGUUUAAAUAUGCAUAUGGAUUUGGGAGGAGUGCAAGUAACUUUUUUCCUUUGGUUUUUACAGCAUGCUAUAGUGGUUAUGGUGCCAGCAGUCCCUGGGUCAGUCUGCCAGUAAUCAGUCAAACCUAGGGUUGCCACCUGCCAGGUAUUUUACCAGCAAAGCCGGUAUUUGGGGCUCUGUGGCCAGUGCUGAUAUUGCAGGAAUACCAGAAAUGCAGUGGACGGUACUUCUGUCUGAUGGAACUCUGAGAGCUUUGCAUGUAUCACUCUCCACGCUCCCUGAGACAGUCAGAGUGAGGACUGAGGCAGAGUUGGAGAAAUACAUACUUGCAGAUCUGGGAGAUCCUCUCAGAUCAAUAUUUAGCUCCGCCCCCUUCCUCUUGCUUCCUCUCCUCACUCACACUCAUUGAGGAGUGCUAUGGCUGUGUCGUGCAUGCCUGUCGUCCCAGCACUGAAGUGGUUAUCCGGCAGAGCAGCCUUUUACGGCUCUUCAGUGUUCACCCCUGCCCCCCUCCACAGGACACAGAGAUAAAACUUGUAAGUAGCCAGGUCUCUGCAGGGAGGGUUUAUAGAGGGAUGUCUCUGUAUGACUGUGUAUGUCAGUGCCUGUAUGACUGUAUCUCAAUGUCUGUGCCUGUAUGUCUCUGUAUGACUGUGUGUCUAUGUAUGACAGUGUCUGUAUGACUGUAUCUGUGUGACUGUGUAUGACACUGUCUGUAUGUCUGUGUCUGUAUAUCACUGUAUGUCCGUAUGUAACUUUCCUCUUCCAAAUGUUACACAACAUCCCGAGACAUUGUGUUCAGUGACAUCACGCAUACAUAAUUAAUUAUAAAAAUUAGCAUAACCGGCAUUUUUUUCCAAGAAAGGUGGCAACCCUAGUCAAAACAUUUAGUACUAGUUUGAAACUUAUCUUACCGUGUUUGGUGCCUGCACUCCUUCCAGUCUGAGUUAGUCUUAUAAAGCUUCAGUUCAUACUUGUACGUUAUUAUACCAGAUUUAAAUAGAAUUCACUCAGAACAGUCACCUGAUGUUCUCAACCAGUUCAACAGAGCAAGGUGAAUGUGAGACUGUUAAUAAACCGUGUAAGCAGCUCCCGGGUCUACCGGACAUAAUACCACCGCAAUGUUCAAAGUUAGCCAAGGUAGAAGUAUUUCAGUUGUGGUAUUUCUGAUUCCUGUUCAUUUUCAUACUGUCAUCCAGAACUCUAAUCUUUCCCAUGCGCUUUUACAUCAAUGUGACAGCAGGGAAAUUGUUUCUUAAGGGACGUGUAGAAGUCUUUUGUAGAAAAGAGUUAUUUCAAAAUGUAAAAAAUAAAGAAGGAAUUGAAUUUCAUCUAAAUCAAUUAUCUGGGUAAUCUCUAAUUUCCUAGUGCAGUAAGCAUCUGUUUAUUACAGACUCUCUCAAUGUGUUCAUCGUCAUCCCCUGGAGCUGAGUCUUAUUGUUUUAUACACUUAGAUGCAGCCCUGAUUACCUUUUAAUUGCGUUUGCUUAAAAGUGAAGAUGAUCUUGCUUAAUACAUCCCGCUGCAUAAUUAAAGCUGUUUUCUUAAACUAGGAUGAUGCUAGGUACAUUAAGGUGUUAAUUGUUAAUAAAAUGGGAGAACCUUUUUUCCACUUUAUCCUUGAAGACGUUUUAAAAGCUGCUGCUUUUGAGGUAAUUUCCUUCUCAAAAUAUAUUCUCAAAUAAAAAUAUACUUGUAAAAAAUGUUUUUUUUAAAACUUUGUUUAUAUUUUAUUUUUUUUAUUGCUUUUUCACCCGAGUCCUUAAUAUUUCAAAAGUAUAUAUGUUUAGCUCCUAAACUGUAGUAAAGCAACCAGACUUUGCAACAUCUCUUUUCCUGUGUUUUGUGGAUGCUAUAGUGCUUUGUCUGUUCAUAUUUAUGGAAUGAGUGAAUACUAAGACGUGUUUUUUUUUUUACCCUCUUUCUUACUGAUUUGAAUUCUCCUUACUGGACCAAUCAAUAUAUCAGUUUGCUAAGGGAAUGACUUACAAUGUCUAUCUUAUCAAGAUGUCUCUGCAUUUCUGUCCCCAGACCAACUUUUUUCUUCUUUUCUAUUAUUAUUAUUUUAUUAUUUAUAUAGGGCCCGCAAAUUCCGUAGCUCUAUACAAUGGGGUCAACACUAUUCCUUGUGUUAAGUGAGACAUUGGUGUUGUUAGAAAGUCUAUGUGUGUCAAAUAAAAUAUAAUUCUCAGCUGUAAGUGUUAUCAAUGCCAUUAUGCAAAAAUGAGUCACUGUUAGAUCUUCUUACCGUGUCCGUUAAUCAUUGAGAGAUCCCAUGCUGCUCUCAUGGUGGCUCAUCUGGCAACUUCUGCAUCCGUCUGCAGCAUACUCCACACUGCCCUCUCCUGGACAGACUGAUUUUAUAGCAAGUUCAGGCCAUGUCAAUUCAUUCAUACUAGAUUGCUGCUGAACAUGCGCCCUCAUGUCUUUUUCAAUGCAACCAAGAUGCAUAAUUGAAGCUGUUUUAAUGGCUAUCUAUGUAGUGUGGUGGACACAUUGUCUGUUUGUGGUUCUAGCAAUCCCAAAGUUCAUUGCAGUGUUUGACUCUAGUUUGUUUUUGUUUUUUUUGGCUCCAUUUGAUUAUUUGUAUGUUUCAAUAUCCUUAACUUGGCUUAGUUUGACUACUCCGUAUUGUGCUCUUCUGGUUUUGUUUAUCUUAACAGUGAUUUCCGUUAUGCGAACCCAGUUAGUGUUUUACUACAUUUUAGGGUGUUUUUUUAUUUAUUUUUUUUAGGCAUUUUGCAAUUUACCUCUUGGAAGUAUUGUUACCUGGCCAAUUUUAAAGACUCUGGGUACCAAUACAAUUUUUAUGCAUUUAAUAGGGUUUGAACUCCUUGAUAUGCUUCAUUGUGUUGUUUCCCCUCCCCCCCAAAUCUUUAUAGUUUUUGCACAAAAACAGUUUUGCUGAAUGCUACGCCAUGCUCCUGCCUCCUUAGCCCAUCUUCUUAUUCCCAUAAAUACUUAAUUAUCAAUUGUAUGGACACCGUUCAGCAACUAACAUCUCUGAGUGAGCUAAUUGUAUUUUAGAACCUGGCUGCUACAGUCAAAGAAACUACAAACAGGUAGUGAUAUCCUUAUUAUAUGUCUCCAAGGGUGUUUUCUCCUUCUAAUGCCAGUUGCUUUGUAGUUCAGAUCAGUCUGUAAGGUCAGCGACUGAGCUAUGCAUAUACAUUUGAUAAGGAAGUCUGUGGCAUUACGGGGCUUAGCUAUGGAGGCAGGUUUGUGAUGCAACAUUCUGCAAAACAUUUCUUUUUUUUCGUGAAAAAACUGUAAAUAUUUGACCCUGCACAAAUACAUCAUAUUAAGAGUCCAAACCCAUUAAAAUUGUAUUGGUGCUCUGCAUGUCCCUUUAAGGUCUGGUACCUACAUAUUCCUUUCUUUUUAUUUUCUGUAUUUUCUUAGUCACUCUGACCUAUGUUUGCGUGUCAGAUUUGUAUGUAUACUAGAAGUCACAUUUUUAAUUGGUUACAUUUUCAUGUGAAAGGUAUAUUCUUUGUAUUUGAUUUUCAUUUACCCUGGCUACUCCAGUGUACUGGCUGCAUAAUUUUGUCAGUGACUGAGCUGCCUGCAUAUCGCUCCCGCAUGGCCAGCCCCAUCACUCCGUGAUCCUUCUCGUCCUGAGAUUGACAUACAGGCACUAGGUCAGGUAUCAGGUCUUCUCGGUGCGUCUGGGAAGCCGGUGAGAUGGUGUCCUACUAUGCUCAAUGGAGAGUUUGCUUGCCGUGCCUAUAUCGUUUUAUGGAGAUAGGGGCAAACCUAGUACCGCAUCAUGAGUCGUGCUCAUGAUGGGGAAGGGAUUCAGGAAGGUUAUACCUUCCUCUUCCUACUUAAGGUACUCUGCAGCUCCCUUCAGUGCUCAGUUGUUGUGCCUAAUUGUUUCACAGUUUAUUUACUCCCAUGAUUCUAUUAUUUUUUUUAUUUUUUUUAUCUAUUGACAUUUUCUCUGACCUUUUGGCAUCUGACUUCCUGCCUGUUUAACGCCCUUCUGUUUGAUUACCUCUCUGGAUUUCCUUUUCUUUACCGCAUUAUUUGUACAAUUUUGCAUAUUAAGCUCCUCCUACUCCUAACCUCUGACACCUUUGCUACUUUAACAAUUGGAGUGCAUAAUUCAACCCCGUCCAGCGCUAGAAGUUGCCAAACAAGCAGUGCAUUGAGACCCAAUGUGCAAUAGAUGUUUGAAUGUGUGCAAUACACUAAUAAUCUCAGUUCAUCAGAUACCUGGAAGUGAAAGAGGGAGGUAAAGAUAGCAUAAAUAAAAAGUUUUUGACAUUUGAUUAUCGUAAUGUAUAGAUGAAAGAAAUAUGACGGAGACAUUCUUGAUCCUAUUUUUGACAUUUGAAUGAUAUGGCCUGAAUGAGGUCUGAGCAUUGCUUCUGUUUGUUAUUGCAAAGAUUAAUAUUUUGGUCUUGAAAUGAUCCUUCGCUAAUUUUCUAUACAAAGCUAUGCAUAAAAUAUUGCCACAAAUCCAGCACUGUGCAGGCUCAUUUAUUCCUAAAAGAAAAUCUUUUCGAUUUAGAUGUGUUAAUCUGCUGAGUUGCAGUUCUUAUCUUCACAUAUCUAGAACAUCUAUUGUAACCUUUCUUAAUCAUUGCAGUUCCCGUUGCUGACAAGAAAUCCUCUGCUCUGAAAAUGGUUUCUAAAGAAGAGAGAAAUGCACUGGCUGCGUUUUGCAUUAAGAAGAUAAGAAACAUCCAGCAUCCAUCUGUUAAACUCCAAGACCAAUCACAUCCUGCAACUCAUUCCAAAAGGGCAGUAGUCGAGGAUUGCAAGUGCCCUAUUCAACUGUUUAACAGAGUUUGGCUAAAGAACACCAUGGAAACUAUGAAGCAGGUACUUGUGGCAGGGUGACUUAAUCUUCUCGGUCCUUUUCUUUUCUCACAAAUAAAAUAUGAUCACUUUGCUGAUACAUCAUGCAUACAUUCUGUGUAUUUGCCACUAUCCCCUUGAUCUAUUUUGAAUAUUUUGCAGAUUAGUUCCCUGAGAGUCUGUAGGUAUUACUCCGUGUUUUUAACGGUUUUCUUGUCAAAAUAGUUGUAAAGUACAUUAGUUGGGCAGACUAGAUGGUCCGAAUGGUUCUUAUCUGCCGUCACAUUCUAUGUUCCUAUGUUUAAUCUACUUUGAUAGCUAUCUGUAAAAUGCAGUAAUCAUAUGAGCAAACAUGUUUGAGAUACUGUAACAUUUUCCAGUGGAAAUAGACAAACACCUUGAAAUAAUAUUACCUUUAAAACUCAUAGAAAUAUUUGCCUCCUUAAUUAGGUUGGUAAAAGACAGUUGAACAUCAACAAGAUGAAAGUUUCAGUUUAUCCGUAAGGCAAAAAAAAAAAGGAAAACAACUAAUUUACCCCCAUUUCAAAAUGAUCUACUAAUUAUUCCCUAGUGCAAAAGAAAUCACAUGAUGUCACAGUUCUGCUACCUCUGCAUUAUUUAAUUUGUAUAACCUGCCUAGUUUUGCAAGAGAAAUAUGUCACCCUUCCUGAAGGUAUUAACAGAAUCUCUAAGUACAACUUGAUUUGGCAGUGACUUCAACAUCAUAGUUGCCCUUACUGUAAACUAUUGUUUUCUCUGGUGAAUAUAAAGCCUUCUGUUUUUCUAACUUAAUUGCUUUACAGUGUAACUAUUACUAAAUCCCAGUUGUAAGUAUCUAUUCAUACAAUGGAAUUAAAUUGAUUUUCUUUAAAAAUAUUUCUUACAGUAUAAGCCUUUGUGCAUUCUUCUCUAGCUGCUAGGCAAUAAGAGUUUAGUAACAUAGGAAUUCUGUGUGCAUUUUACAAUACGGAGUAAUGGAAUAUUAUAAUUUUAUGAAGCAUGUCAUUUAUUUGUUUUUGUUACUUUAGAGGUUAUAAAAACAUAUAUGCUUUGAAGGCCAGGUAUAUAUGAAAAUGUGUGUUUCAUUUUCCCACCCACCACCCUUAAAAUAAAAAAAUAAAAAAGCCUUGUCCAAGAGUAUUGGACAUAUUUGUUGGAUGGGUGCUGGUGAAAAGGGCAUGGCUAAUAGAGUGGGACAGAGUGUCCGACAUAACUCCCAUGGCUGAGUAAACAGCUUGGGUAACGGAUUUUGUCAUAGUGGCAUCCAGGAGAGAAUGAAGUUCUUCCGAGUUCAUUUGCUCCUGGUCUGCCACAUCAGUGACAGUUGAGCCAGUCGGUCUGGGGACAACCUGGGGGGCAGGGGGCAUAUUAUCCCUAAUGGGGGAAUCGCUGGAGGCCAUGCCCAAAUUCUUACUAGCUUGCAUUACGAAAUAACACCUCUGCAGUAGUUGUGGUUAGGUACAAGAAUAUAUUAUUUAUAAGUAAACCAAGAAAAAAAGGGGGGUGAGUGGGGGAACCCAAAUAAACUAAUGGAGUGACUUCCCUGAUUUUUUGCAAAACUGGGUACUAGCAAUGUAUCAGUAGGAAUGAUACAGAAAUACCCAAGGCACUAUAAAUUAACAGACAGAAUAUGAAAAAGGCAAGCUCACCAAGUGUUCCCUCAGGAAUGGCUCCUGGGGACACUGGUGAGCUGCCCAGCAACUGUGCUGUCCAAUCAGCACACACUCCCGCCCCCACAGGCACUAAAAAAGCCCGGGAACGAAAACCGCGGCAAACUGCCAACCGCAAGAUGGCCGCCGCGAUGCGCACUAGCGUUGUGCGCAUGCGCGAAACGGCGCCAGCCGCGGUUACAGCCGCGAACCGGAGGGGGGGGGGAGGGAGGCCCCCGAGACAGAUCUCAGAGGCACGAAAAAACAGACUGGGCGGCAAGAGCCUCCACACGGAGAGCUGCUAGCCGCCCUGACUCAGUAGGUGAUAAUCCACCUGAAGUGAGUCAGAGAUGGGAGGGGGGGGAGGGGUUGGCUCUAGGUGAGGGAAAAAACCUAGAGCCAGUUGGGAAAUUAAGUGGAGAGAUAGGGCAGAAGCCCAACAGUACAUAGAAAAAUGAACAAAUUUAAAUGAAACUGCCACAAAAUGAAUAAAUAUGAGAAAACACAGGCAGCAUACAGAGAGAAAAUAAAAAUGUACUUAGCUGAGGAAGGCAGCAGCAAGAAAGAGGAGUGGCUUAAGGUCACAUGGGGAGUUGAGAGUGCUGAAGGCAUGCUGAUUGGUUGUAUUAUUGUAGGACUAGCCCUUUGGGGCAUGUUUACAUGGUUGAUUGUUUCUCUAAAAUAAAGUUUUUCUUGCUGCUGAGGAAUAAAAGAAAGAGAAUAGCAUAAUACUCGCCUCCGUGUCCUUAAUAAAAUCAUGACUUUACGUCAUGAAAUUAGUAAAAUCUGGUAAUUUUUAUACACACAAACACCGUCAAAAAGUGAGAGAAUUACUGCACUGGAAGGGAUAUAGCUGUGUAAGAGCAUCUAAGUCUUGGUAGGAAUGUCUGAGAGUUUUAUGUAAAUCCCUGGUCCUGGUGUAGAUUAAAUGGGCCACUUAUAGCUGCAACAUCACAUCUCUUUGAGACUUCCAGAAGUGGUUGUCUUUCUAGGGACAUCACUUGAGCUCUCCAUUGCUUGGUUAAAUUUAGGAUAGGAAAUAAAUCCGCUAAGACACAAAUGGAAUUUAACUGUCUGUCAUUCAUGACAACGCAUGCACAAAUUAAUUUACCAAAUUAACUUGGUCCUGAGAUUCUAGCUCUCUGGGGAACAAUGUUGUAAAUCAUAAUCCAUGUGCUCUGCGUAGGCCAUUAGUGACUUUUAUCGUGGACACAUAGCUACCUGGGCAGUUCUCAUGAAGGAAAUUACGGUAAGUCUCUAAAAAUGCAGACAUUAUCUUAAUCAUCUCUUCAAACAGAACGAUCUGUGAACAGGUAUUGAUGAAGAUAUUAAGGAUAAAAGUACAUCACAAUAGAGCAAAGUAAAUUAACUCAACAUGUUCAUUUUGUAUGUCCCACUUUGUAUCUGGUUUCCGCUCUAAUCUUUCUCCAAGAGGAGCAUAUGAUUUCAAUGUCCACCAUUAUUUUUCAAGAAUGUGUGAAAAUAAUGAAUGCAUUUUCCUUUUUUUUUUUUAUUCACGUUUCUUUACAUUAGCCACUCACCUCUCCAUUAUAUUUUAGUGGUGAGGAUGAAGGAAAUAUAGUUUGAUUUCACCAGCUACGUUGCCAUUGGUAACCCUAGAGCAUGGAUGUACUUUCUAAGCUACUCUGCCUAAUAUUUGGAGGUUAAUAGAGUGACAACUUUAUAUUUGCACCCUAUGGUAUCCAGUAUAUACCAAGCUCCGUAUAAAUAUAUUCAUUAAUUUCAUUCAUUUGAUUAACAAGCUUCAUACCAGUUACAGCCAUGUUUUUUUCUCAAAUGCAAACCCUUGUGCUCUUUUUGAGUGAUUGAGUGAAACCAUUUUUUAAAAGUGUAAAUGCUAAUAUGGUUUUCUUGCAAUAUUAUUUCUCAACUGACAUUUUACUAGAUCACUUCAUAAGCAAACCAGUUUAGGUUUUGACAAGUUUUUAGACGUGUACUUGCCUGAAUACAUUAAAGCAUGUUACAGUGCAUUCCUCUCCAACUAUCUUAACUUUGGCUAAUAAGCCCCGAUACUCAGCGCUAUAUGCUUUACAUAUUGUUUACCUUUCUCUUGUUUUCUUUUUCUUUUACGUAAUUUGUGCAGUAAAUUCGACAUCUAAUACAUCUAAUUUACUAGCGUGUAUUCUCAUGUUGAAAUGUCUUUACAAAGCUUGUACUUCUCACUUUGCACUACAUAAAUAACGAUUGACAAAAAAAGUGUAGUUAAAAGAUCACUGUAACAUUGAAAUAUGUUCUAAAGUAUAUCUGUAAAUAUUGUUCUGAUUUUCCAACCUAAAAAAAACCUUUAUGCCCAGCCUUAAGAUUGCCCUUCUUAUAUCAAUGAUAUUUUUUCAUCACCAAGCUAUUUACUCUAAGCAAUGCUGUCCUUUCAUUUGGAUCAAUAAAUCAUACUAAUUAAUAAUUCUUUAAAUAAUAUUCAUUAGUUUAAUUAUACAUAAAAAGUCCAAAACAAAAACGCAGUACAUACACUGGAAAUGUUCUACUCAUAUUGUGUUAAUGAAAACUUUUUAAAAAUUGAUCUUUUCAACUCGUAUCCCUUGUUUUGUUGUGAAUAAUUAUCAGCCUUCUAUUUUUUUAUUUAUUUUUUUGAGACGGCCAUAAAAAACACAUAUUUUGCAUCCUGCUCCUCAGUCUGACAGCUACAAUAAAUAUUCAGUGAAAAUGCUUCAUCAUAAACUAAAAGCUUGGCUGUAGGGAGAAAGCAGACUGUUGUUAGUGAGCAAACUUUACUGUAUUAUACAGUAAGAAUGUAAACAACCCAAACUCUUACACAAGCAAAUAUAAAAAGCAAAACCUCAAUAGUUUCAUAUAGGCCAGGGGUAGGCAACCUUUGGCACUCUAGAUGUUGUGGACUACGUCUCUUUUAAUGCUUUGCCAGCAUUAUCGCUGUUAGAGUAUUAUAGGAGAUGUAGUCCACAACAUCCGAAGUGCUGAAGGUUGCCUUUUCCUGAUAAAGCUAGUGCUGCCGUACAUAGUGGUGUACUAUUUGUGCAGAUGUUGGACUUGAGUUUAAUUUGGUACAACCACAUAGUAAUGUUGAUCCCUCCUUUUGUCUUUCACUUGAAAAUAACAAGGAGCAAUUGUUUCAUAAUUUGGAUGUUGUUUGUGCCCUUAAGCGUUAUGAAGGCCCUUUAGGAAGUGGUCAUCCACUGCUUUUUGGGUCAAACGGCUUCAACUAUCACCUUUGACCCAAUUUAUUAAUUGUGUGCCCUAGCUAACCAAUCUCCCACAGAUGGGGCUACUAAAUUAGAAAAAAACAAAUUAUGAUAAUUCUAGGAUGUAACAUUACCAUAUGUGAAAAUGUCCAAGAUGGGUGAAUAAGGUAUAAAGCUCUGUGUACUGAAAGCUAUUGUUUGUUGAAUAGUCUUUGAAAAGUUACAAGCUUACUCUACCUUUUGUUCAAUAGCUGAAUCGGAUUGAUAUGCACCAACCAUCUACCUGUCCUCAUUGUUGUGCUAAGCAUGCUGAACUGGCAAAGAGUGAAUUUCUCAGAAAGAGGAAGACAAAACUGGAAUCUCUUAUACUGGAAAAGAAAAUUGAGGAGUUUGUUUUUAAUAAGGUAAUUCUCUUAUUUUGAUUAUAUAUCUGCAAACGGGUAUAUUAUGUUGCCGUUCAGUGUCAGAAUUAAAGAUCUAAUGAGUUGUCUCCAAUUUUAGGUUUUUUAGAGAUGUGUGUGUGAUUUUCUUACCUGUAUGUUAUACAUUUUAUGAUCAAUAUACCAAAAAUAUAGAAUGCACACUCCAAUAGCCACUUAGGAAAAAUACAAAUCCUUUAUUAAUAUAAUGCAAUUAAACAACAUAUACAAGAAGUAAUAACAUGACAAAAAAGACAAAUGGUAAACCUCAAAGUAGGUACCCAGUAUCACAAAGCCUUAUGACAGAAACAUGAGUCACGAAUCUCCCAACGUUUCAGCACCUACUGGUUGCCUUUAUCAAGGUUGACACACUGUGAUUUAAAAACUCUCGAUUAAUAUAAUAAAUGUAUUCUCUGAUGCAAAUUAUUAAAAGGCGUGACGUUUUCCCUAUAUACUGAAAGCCACAAGGGCAAAUCCGCAUAUAAAUCAUGUCCUUUGUGUUGCAGGUUAUAAAUGAUUUAAUCUCAAUCAUUUUUUUUAGUUGUAAAGAAGGUAAAGUUAAAUCUUUUUAGUUUUGCUGAAUCCCAACUUACAUUCUCUACAUCCUCCACAAUAGUAAAAAAACAUUUUGCUCUUUUAAAAAUGUAUUUACGUUCCCUUCAUUUUCUAAAAAACGUCUCGUUAAAGGGACACUAUAGUCACCCAGACCACUUCAGCUCAAUGAAGUGAUUUGGGUGCCAGGUCCCUCAGGUUUUAAUCCUUCACAUGUAAAUAUAGCAGUUUCAGAGAAACUGCAAUGUUUACAUAGCAGGGUUAAUCCAACCUCUAGUGGCUGUCUUCCUGACAGUCGCUAGAGGCGCUUCUGCAACGCUGGAUGUCCAUAGGAAAGCAUUGAGAAAUGCUUUUCUAUGGAAUUUUAGAAUGCACACGCAUGCGCAUUCCGCUCCAUUCGGGAGCUGACGUCGGCGGGGGAGGAGAGGUCACCAGUGCAGAGGGAGCGCCACGAAAGGGGGACCCUGAGGGUGAGGGUCCCCCAAAGGAUGAAAUAGUGUCAGGAAAAUGGGUUUGUUUUCCUGACACUAGAGUGAUCCUUUAAAAUGUGUUUUUUCCUCUAAAAAUGGGGAUAUAUCUCCAUCCUUUUUAAAGGACCACUAUAGUGCCAGGAAAACAUACUCGUUUUCCUGGCACUAUAGUGCCCUGAGGGUGCCCCCACCCUCAGGGACCCCCUCCCGCCUGGCUCUGGAAGGGGGAAAGGGUUAAAAACUUACCUUUUUCCAGAGCUGGGCGGAGAGCUCUCCUCCUUCUCUCCUCCUCCGUUCCUCCUCCUGGGCUGAAUGCGCACGUGCGGCAAGAGCUGCGCGCAUUCAGCCGUCGCAUAGGAAAGCAUUUACAAUGCUUUCCUAUGGACGCUUGCGUGCUCUCACUGUGAAAAUCACAGUGAGAAGCACGCAAGCGCCUCUAGUGGCUGUCAAUGAGACAGCCACUAGAGGAUUAGGGGGAAGGCUUAACCCAUUCAUAAACAUAGCAGUUUCUCUGAAACUGCUAUGUUUAUGAAAAAAUGGGUUAACCCUAGCUGGACCUGGCACCCAGACCACUUCAUUAAGCUGAAGUGGUCUGGGUGCCUAGAGUGGUGCUUUAAUAAUAUGCCAAUUUCUACUAAUAAUUUUACGCAGAUUUUGAUUGUUCAAUGAAAAAUUAAAAACAAGUGGGACUUUAUCUCUACCAAUUUGAUUAUCAUUUUUAACCCUGUAUUCAAGAAGUUAUUGUCUAUCUAUUUUCUCCACUUCUUCACAAGUUUGAUCUAAAAAUUGUUCUUUUAAAAGUCCAGCUUGUUUAAAAUAUUCUUGGUUAUCCAUACAGUUCCGCUUAAGUCUUAAAAAUUGCCCUUUUGGAAUAUUGCUCAACCAAGGUUUAAAGUGGCAACUUGUGCAAUUGUUAAAACUUAUUGACGUCAACUGACUUAAAAUAGGUUUUGCUGUUGAAUUGUUGGUCCUCUAUAUAAAUUGAUCUAAAAAAUUAAUUUCGGAAGGGCUUAUGUCAUAUGUGAGUGUAAUAUUCCAUUCAUUUAUAUUCAAAGAAUCAGUAAAUGAUUUUAAAGACUCCUCACUCCUCUUCCAAAUAAUAAAUAUAUCGUCUAUUUGACCCAAUGUCUUCCCUGGAAUAAAUAAAUAAAUUCUUCCCAGUAAGACAUAAAAAGGUUCGCAUAACUUGGGGCAAAUCUGGUCCCCAUCGCUGUACGUUUGAUCUGGAGAUAAAAUUUACCCUCAAACCAAAAAAUAUAUUUUUUUUUAAAAUCCUGUUUAUUCCCUCAAUUAAAAAAAUCAGUUUGAGGGCUAGAGGUCUUUCCAAAUUUGGUUAAAAAAUGCCAAGAAGCCUCACAGCCUUUGUCAUGCUGAAUGUUAGUGUAAAGGCUACUGACAUCACAGGUGGCCAUAACAAGGGUAUCUUCCCAUUUAAGAUCUUUUAAAAUAUUUAAAAGACUAAUGGUAUCCUUCAAACAGGCUUGGCACUGUUUCACAGGAUUUUGUAAAAUAUGGUCCAUAUACUGAGAUAAUGGUGAUAAAAGGGACCCAAUACCGGAUACAAUUGGCAUUCCCGGCAGGUUGUUGACUUUUUUUAUGGACUUUAGGAAGUACAUAAAUAACUGGUAUUCUUGGGAAUUGAACAUCUAAAAAAUCAUUUUUUUUUUUUUUUUUUUAAUUUCAAAUACCAUUUUCCAGUCACUUAUUUAAGAAAAAAAAUCUUAUAUUCUCUUUUAAUUGUUUCUAUGGGGAUUUUUAGGGAGUUCUAUAUAAGUAGUAUGGUCUCUAAGUUGGCUUUGUAUUUCCUCCACAUACUCCUCUUUUUGCCAAAUAACAACCCCCACCUCCACCCCCACCUUAUCUGCAGGUUUCACUACAAUUGUUUUAUCUCUUUGAAGGUCUUUUAGUGCCAGUUUUUCCUUCCUUGUCAGACUAUCCUGAUACUUGUUUAAAGGUUUAAUAUGUCUAAGUUCUUUUAAACAAAACUUUUCAAGCACUUUCAUUGAAUCAGACUUUAAGUUGUUUGCUUAAAAAGUUGACUUUUUCUUUAACCCCUUAAGGACACGUGACAUGGCAUGAUUCCAUUUUAUUCCAGAAGUUUGGUCCUUAAGGGGUUAAGGUAGUAUGUUUGAAAAUGUUUUCCUCUUUUUUUUUUUUUUUUUUUAGGAAAAAAGAUUAUUUUCUUUAUUAGGAAAAUUACUAAAAAAAAACCUUUUCAGACAUUUUCUUAUAAAACGAUUUAUAUCCAAAAAUGACUUGAAUUUGUUAUUGUCACAACUUGGAGCAUAUUUAAAACCUUUAUUUAAAACUUGUUUAUGUGAAUCGGUUAAAAAAAAUGUCUGACAAAUUAAACAUUUCUACAUUCUGCUCUUUUUCUUUAAAAUUUAUCUCUUUUGUAUUUUUUCCUCCUCUUCUUUUUGGCUUUCUAUUUCCUCCUCUUCUAGUUCCCUUUUUAUUGAAAUACAUAUUUUCUCUCUUUCAUUCUGGGUAAAUCCUGAUCUAAAAAAUAAUCCUCCUUCUCAAAAUUUCUCAAUCUAUCAAAACGAUAAAAAAGACAAAUUUUGAGGGUCUGCCGUUUACUUUUCUUAAGACUGACUCCUUUUUUCCCCAAUCCAGAAUGUUUUCUAGGUCUUACUUCAGUCCAUUCGUAAGUUUCUUUAUUAUUUUUACAGUUACUUGAUCUUCUGUUUUUAAAAGAAAAAUCUUGUUUUUGAUAAUGAAAAUUCGAUUUUUCUUUCUUUUUUUUUGGUUUGGAGUACAUUUGUAUCUUCUUGAUGUGUCCUUCCUUUUUAUAGUCACGAUCUUUUUGGGAAUAUCUCUUAAGAUUAGUAUUUUUAGAAGGUCUAACAUUCCCGUUUUUGUUAUCUUCAUGAUCUUUUUAAUUUCCUCCUUUUAACUUCAAUUAUUGAUACUUUUAUGUCGUUCAUUUUUUAAAUCAUUUUGUUUAGUGAGGUUCCCAAAUUCCUCCAUACCAGAAAAAGGUUCAAGUCGUGUCUAAAUCUUUUAAAUUCUCCCAUCUAGCUGAUGGAGAGUCAGUGCCCCAUUCCAGAUCCCCAUAAAAAUAAAAUUUUCUUGGUCAAAAGUGGGAAGUUUAAAAAAAAAACCUUAGGCCUCUAGGUGUAAUUUGAAGACUAAUGUACUUUUCUAAGGUAAAAAUAUCCUACUUUAUUUUCAUUUACCUAAUUAAGUUUUUCUAACUGUUGGCAUAUUUUGAGGUUUACUAUUUGCCUUUUUUCCCUUUUUUGUCACGUUAUUACUUUUUGUAUAUGUUGUUUAAUUGCAUUAUAGUAAUAAAGGAUUUGUAUUUUUCUGAAGUGGCUAUUGGAGUGUGCAUUCUAUAUUUUUGGUAUAUUGAUUCAUUGGGCAUAUUAGGAAGUGCCUAUAUGGUUUCCACCUAGCAGUAAUAUACAUACCUAUUGUCUUUCUAUGUGGUUUUGGUUUUUAUACAUUUUAUGAUCACCAUGAUACAUUAAAAUUGUGGUAAGCACUACUAUGAGUUUGUUUUCUUAUUUACAAUAUUUGUCAGGCUUUUAAACUAUCUCCAUGGUGAUAUAUAUAUAUAUAUAUAGCCACAGCAGAAGGACUGGGCUGCAACCAAGACUUAAAGGGCCAUCCCAAUCUCCUCACACAGUGCAUUGUGAUAGUUAUGGUGCACACAGUCUUUAGGAGCCAAUACUUGGGCCAGGCUGUAUUUAAAAAAAUAAAUAAAAAAAAAUUAGCUCUCUAUUGUACCUAAAACUAGAUCCAUAGGUUAGUGCCGCCUGGGUAAUUUGGAAAAUUGACUUUACCUCUCCACAAGUUUGAUGGCUAAUGCGUAAGUUUUGAAGAUGAACUCUGUCUCUGUUUUUGUCAAAUUGAUUGAUUGAAAAUAGUUUGCCACUAUCAGGGAUGCCACUAUAUUGAGCUGUAGUUUGCGUGGUGCAUAGUGUACCUUUAUAAAAAGUAACUAUUUUUUAUUUAUUUAUGUAACACAACCUCAAUGCUUCUGUAGCUGCUAAAUGAUUUUAGAUUGAAGAUCUUGGUGUUAACAUGAAAAUUUUAUUGAUUAGCUACUCCAAAUUACAGCUACUUGAGAGUCAUGACUUAUUAAUUGUAGAAUGAGCAGUAAAGCGUCUUUCAUUCCCAAAAUAUUGUUUCUAUUUUAUCUUUAUCCAAACACUUCAGGAUUUCCCAAAUGAUUGUAUUUAUUUUCUGUUGCUUCUUUGGACUGCUUUCCUUCCCUAAGUCUAUUUGCUUUAUACUCCUUUAAAAACAAACAAAAAAAAACCCAUAUUUUUUUGUUUCUAUUCUCUUUCCACUCAGGAUGCUGUCACUUUAAUUGGAGAAAUUCAUCAGUCUCUCCCCAGGCUGUCUGAUGAGCGCAACAUCAUUUGGCAGAGACUUUUCUGUAGUGGUGAGAAGACCUGGAAGACCCUGUCAUCACCUAGCCAGUGACAGCCCAGACACAGUUAGAAUUACUGCAAACAUCAUGUCAGCUCUUCUCAUUUUAAUGUGUAUAUAUGUGUGAACUUUUUUUCUUUAUUUUAAGGAAUUUGUUUACAUUGUAUCUCUAUCAAAUAAUGCAUUAUACAUUGUAAAGUGUAACUAAGGCAGAUUAAAUGAACAGGUUGUGAAAUGCUGUUCUGUGAGGUGUACACAUUACCCAGUUCAAAACCUUACAGACAUGCAACCUGCCAUUACUUAUUUGAAAAAGCCAAGGUACAAUUAAUGUCAUUACCAUAGUUCUCAGAGAAUAAUUACUACUGUUAUUUGUAAAAUUUAGUUCUACAAAUCUAUUCUUACCUAUUCUGUAUCAUAUGUAUCAUACAGUAGUGCCAACACUCAUUGUUUGCCAGCUUGUCAAUUGAGGGGAAAUUUGAAGGCCAAGGGCACAAUCUUUUGCCUAGUGCAUUAUCCUGCUGAAAGAGGCCACUGCCAUCAGGUAUCUCCAAUGCCAGGAAGGAGUAAAUGUGGUCUGCAAAAAUCUCUAAGUAGGUGGUUCGUGGCAAAGGAACAUCUACAUGAAUGCCAGGACACAAGGUUUCCCAAAGGAACAUUGCGCAAAGCAUAACACUGCUUCCGCCAACCUGCCUUCUUCCCAUUCCUAAAGUAAACAACCCACACACAUCCAGCCAUUCGCCUGAUCUAAAAGAAAACAUGAUUCAUCAGACCAGACAACCGUCUUCUAUUGCUCAAUGGUCUGGUACUGACACUCACAUACCCCCUGAAUGUGCUUUUGGUGAUGGACAGGGAUCAUUAUGGGUCUGUGGAUACACAGCAAACUGUGAUGCACUGUGUGUAAUGACACCUUUACAUCAUGGCCAACAUUACGUUUUAAGCAAUUUGAGCUACAGUAGCUCUUAUGUGUGAUCGGCCAGACAGGCUGUUCCCCUCGCUGCAUAAGGUUUCAGUAUUAAUACUCUUUUUUUAUUUCUUGUUUUUUGUUUUUUUUUAUAAUGUCAAGAAGGAAAAAUAGGAUUUUGUUAAAUAAUGUAUGAACAUACGGUUAGCAUACCUAAUUGAAAUAACAUAAGGAAUGCCAGAGUACUGGCUUAGGAAAAUAAAAAAUCCUGAACUUCCUUCAUAUAACCAAUAAUUUAUUUCUGUAUAAUGUCAUUUACUGUUAAAAGGAUAUUCCUAAAGGAAAUGCAUUUCCUGUUAAAUUAUUACUAAAAUGCCCUCUUCUUAAAAUUAUGUAUUUCUUCCAAAUAUAUCAAUAGCAAUAUUAUUUUCUAAAGGCUGGAUUUACAGCACAAAUUGAGGAAAUUUAGAAGAUAACAUUGCAUAAAAGUCAUUGCAGCUUCAAAAGGGGAAGUCUGUAUAGAGUUGCACAAAAUUUUUAAAACUGCAAUAUAUGCAGAGUUUUAUGC